UGUCUCAUUGAAAGUGCGGUGGUGGUGUUAUUAUUAUCAUCUACGGUGUCGUGUUGCGUCUACUUGAACCACGCCGCGGCAUGGUGAGGUGAAUUGUCUCGAAUGGGGGGUUAAGUGGUCGUUUGUAGCGCUGCGAACCCCUGGCGACCGAGUUCGAUUGCUGGCUCCACGGCCACCGACACGUUCCUGACGAGAAUCUAAACCGGUCUAGGGCCCUCCUCUAGGUCGACUCAGCCUGAAAUGAGUUACCUGGUGCGGUGGUAAACAUCGCCAGUCGGAGUGCAAAAGGGCGUGGUGCUGGCCACCCACGCCCUCGUGUGCCACGGUGCCGGCAGCCUUCAAAGACGCUGCUGCUGCUACCCGCGACUGCAGCCCCUCACCUCAACGAUCUGUUAAAGCUACACGGAAGAUCUCGGCACUUGCAGUUCUUGAUGCGUGCGCAUCGUCAGUUGUCUACGAUGGUUACGAAUCGGUCUGCACUGGUGGCAGUAUUUGUGGUGUCUGUGUUCACAGGACCUGCCCACUUUGCCGCUCUGAACGUGAGGACGGAGACCGAGGUUCAAAUCACAGAGGGAUCCGUGGCCCUGCUCUUCUGCUCCUUUGACUGCAGCCCCAACAGUGACAAGGCCACGACUGUAGAGUGGUCUCGAGUAUCUGACGGCUCAAAGAUCUUGGUUAAGAAUGGCUACGAUAUCCAACUUUACCGGCGGGUGGAGUGGGCUAGCAAGAAGUCCAACUGCGACGCAACCAUUCGCAUCAAUGACGCGGAGAUCGGGGACUCCGACAGCUACCAGUGCAAGGUGAUUCGCCAGCCCUCCGACGAUCAGGGCUUCAGUGUGGUCAGGCUGAGAGUCUCCGAGACUAGAGAUCUGGUAGUCCGUGCCCCUGAGGAAGUUACGGCGGUGCAAGGAGACACCGCCUUCCUGCCAUGCUCCUACUUCUGUGGCGUCAAGGGCAAUAACGACACGCUGGUGGAGUGGUACAAGACCAUAAACGGAGAAAAGAAAAAGAUAUUUAAGAUCGAACUCCGGAGCUUGAAUGAACCGCGGGUGAAGUGGAUGGGAGACGAGUCCAAGUGUGAUGCGUCCAUCUCCAUGAGCAACAUCCAGAACGACGACUCUGGUCCCUACCGCUGUGAGGUCACACUUCUCCCCUCUCUCAAACAAGGCAGCAAGACUCAACAGCUGAGAGUACAAGAAGCAUCACCAGUUCUGGUAGUCCGUGCCCCUGAGGAAGUUACGGCGGUGCAAGGAGACACCGCCUUCCUGCCAUGCUCCUACUUCUGUGGCGUCAAGGGCAAUAACGACACGCUGGUGGAGUGGUACAAGACCAUAAACGGAGAAAAGAAAAAGAUAUAUAAGAUCGAACUCCGGAGCUUGAAUGAACCGCGGGUGAAGUGGAUGGGAGACGAGUCCAAGUGUGAUGCGUCCAUCUCCAUGAGCAACAUCCAGAACGACGACUCUGGUCCCUACCGCUGUGAGGUCACACUUCUCCCCUCUCUCAAACAAGGCAGCAAGACUCUACAGCUGAGAGUACAAGAAGCAUCACCGGAUCCAGUUCCUUCAACAACCACAACUCCGACCACAACUCCAACCACAACACCAACACCUGGAGGGCUGAAUGCUGGAGGCAUUGCUGGGGUCAGCAUUGCUGCUGUGAUUGGAGUUGCUGCUGCAAUUGGUGUUUACUGCUGGAUGUCAAGACGUGACAGACCACCAGAAGAAGUCGUCCAGGAUCACGAACUGCAGCCAAUGGCACCAGCUGGAGGAGGCGGUGCAGCUGAGAGAGAGGAAGAGAGAGCAGAUCGAGUCCCGGGACAAAGAGAAAAUGGACAAUUGGCAGUGGGUGACAUCGUUUUGAACGAUGACGUUUCAGAAGCCUGAGCAGGCAGGCCUCAGGAGCUCAUGAUGAGAAAGCGGAUUGAACAAUGGCACUUAUAUAACUCACACGUCACUCCAAAGAUAAAUAGUAACAACCUUAGCCUCAAUCCCUUUUUUUGGAAAUUUGCCUAUUUUUUCUGAACCUCAUCAAUGCAAUAUGAAACGUGGUCAUGUUGGGGAAAUGGCUUUUCAUUCCAUCAUGUCCUUGCUAUGAGGUGGGCGGAUAUUGUGUGCUCCAUAUUAUGGAUAUAAAACCAUCAUGCAAACUCAGAUGUUCCUUGCAGAGACGGGUUCUUGUUAGCCAUCGAAGAAGGUGGUCACUGCAUCAUACGCUUCAGAUGCACUUUUAGCUCUAAAUUUAAAAACUCUAAAAAAUUGCUUUUUGUAUUUAGUUUGUUAUCCUUCCCCGGCAUACUUCCAAUUUACGUGGUUGGCUACGUAUGGUGCAGAAAUAAGUUCAAUAUUUAUACUACGUUAUGCAUUACUAUAUACUACACUAUACACUACCGUAUACAUUAAAAUAGACUGCAUUAUACACCACUAUACACUACACCACUAUACACUAUACCAUUAUACUAAAUCGAAAACUAAAAAAAAAAUUCUGGAAAUGAAUCGAGGAACCGUUUGACCAAGUCUCGAGGGGCAUGAGUGAAGUCUGCCUUUGGAACAUGGAGCCCACCAAUCGACAUCAGGCCUGGGUGCUGCUAUAGGGCAACAUGCUGUUGAAGUACCGGUGAGGACGCUUGACGCCGAGGUUGAGGCACACGUAUAUUUAUUUCACAAUACGACAGUGGGCAUAUAACACUCGAGGGGGUAUCGGCCCCCUCACCCGUAUAACUCGGGAUACACCCCUAGCUAAGUCUGUCCUAGCCCCGAGUCCUCCACUAAUGGGCUAGGGGAGGCUAUCUGGCCCGACACUGGUAAGUCGGGCCCGGUACCCGGAGUUCCAGACCAGCUCUUACAAGAGCACCGGCUCUGGCUUUCGGGACCACGCCGCUGGCUCAGUCCUGUCCGGCCCUGAAAAGGACAUCGAACUAGGGGAGUCCAGGGCUCUAUCUAAGACGUCUUCAGUCUUCUUCCCUUAGCUUAAAACAUAACUAACUCGAGCCCUUUGAACAUCCCCUUUUAUACCCAACCCCUCCCUGAGGGGUGGGGCCCCGGGGGAUCAUAACGUUCGAACCAGCCCCCCCCAGGGUGUCUGGCUCGGACGUCGUAGAGGGCACCUCCUCGUGCACUUACGUAGCCCCGCCCACUGUGUUUGUUUUCCAUAGGCUGCCAUGCAUAACGGGCCCUCUCUUUAACACCCCUACAUCACCCCCCCCCCCCCCC